GACAGCUGUAGAUUGAACCGAUUUCUAUUCGUAUUUAUAUUUGGCAAUAUUCUUUCAUGUUCAAAUAUGAGUUCGUGCUAUCAUGGUAUCAUCUUACCUACCUUUAGCUUUACUUUCCUUAAAGUCUUAGGUACCUAGAGUUCUAUAAUCCGGACAACCACAAUUGAGUCCGAUCUGGCUCAUCCCAUCCAUUCCAAUCCGCCAUGGCUUCUGGUAAAGCAAAGGCCAAUGACGAUGUCUCUAAUGAAAAGAACACACAGAAUGGCACAGGUGUCGAAACUGGGUUCUCUCGUCUUUUUCGCCGGCACAGUCCUGGCACAAGAGAACAUGCCCGAGACUCAAUGGAUUCUUUAGAUAGAAUCUUUAAUACUCGGACCGAAUCAGAAGCUCGUCGCCUUCCCGCUGCCCAAAGAUCUAUGACCUCGGAAGAUAAGCACUAUGCAAGCAAUUCUUACGGAAUCGCUGAGCUCAGAGAUGGCUUCUUCGAUGCUGUUUUCCUUCCCCCGGAGGAAGUCGAUUUUCAGGAACUCACAAAGCAAGCUGAGCUAACUCUUCCGUAUGCCUUCAGAAAGAAGGAUCCCCUUUCCAUGCGAAACUUUCUACCUAAGCAGUGGCAUGAUGUGAAAGGGGUCAUUCGCCGUGUUACCACUACAAGGUCUGGCAUUCGACUUCUUAAAUCUUUUCUUGCUUUCUUCAUAGCCUAUAUCCUUUGCCUUAUAUCUCCGGUCCAGGCUCGACUUGGCCGAUAUAGUUAUAUCAUGGUAAUAUCAACCAUUCUCAACCAUUCCGGCAGAACCUUGGGGGCUCAGGUGGACGGAACUAUUUUAACAAUAGUAGGAACUGCUACUGGGUUAGGAUGGGGUGCGUUUGGGUUGUGGGUAUCUACAGCAUCAGCCUCAGCACGCAUAGGCUACGGUGGAGUCCUUGCUGUAUUUCUCUGCUUAUACGUAUUUAUAAUCGCCUGUCUUCGUUCAUACUACAUCCGCACCUACCAAGCCGUUAUUUGUGCUGGAAUCGCGAUCGCAUAUACCUGUUUAGCUGAAGUAUCAGGAACCGAGGUUUCCUGGUCUAAACUUCUCGACUAUGGAAUCCCUUGGGUUCUGGGACAAGCCAUUUCUCUUCUCGUAUGUUUCGCGGUUGUUCCUGAUGCAGGCGCACGCCCACUAGCUGCCGCUCUUCAUCAGGCUUUCGCUGUCAUGCUGGAAGGACUCGGGUUGACAAGGUUAGAAAGCAUAAGAACACGCCGGAGAUUGACACAGACCUUCGUCAGCAUGUCGCAAGCGUAUAGAGAUCUGGUGAUCGAUUUCUCCAUAACACUUUUUGACCCGAAAGACGUUUUAGAGCUUCGAAAUCUCAUUCAAGGAGUCGUCCGUGCACUUCUUAGCUUAAAUAGCGAGACCAGAGUCCUUGAUGGGCUAGAGGACACGACGUGGAAUAGACUAAGUCGAGACAGAUCCAUACUCGAUGAGUUCGUUAUUAAUAUGGAUGAAAGAUCUCGCACUUCAGGUAACGAGGAAGAGAGGAGGUUGGCGAAGUUUGUUGCCAGCAACCUAGCUGAUCCAACAGAAAAAAUUCUUCUGUCUAUGGAAUCCGCUUUGCAGAGUUGCGAUGCUGUUCUAAUGGAAAUGUGUGGUCAUCGUCAAUAUAUCGGCCCUCCGGAGGACGUGUCAAACGAUAUUCCAGGGUCACUUGUAAAGUUGCGCAGGCGUAUUAUAGCCUUCAGCAACUGUCAAGAUAGUGUAUUAGCAAGUCCUAACUUGCCGUCGACAUAUGCAGACUCCCCUGACGUUGUCAAGCUCUUCACUUACUGCCGACCAGUUCACCAAGCCGCAACAGCAAUUGAGGCAUUACUGGUAAAAGUCAAUCAUAUGCAACAGAGCCGACCAAAGCACUUGAAGUUUCAUUUGCCGUCUUAUCCAUUUUGGAAGGCGUUGCACCGUACGAAUGCACAGGUCCGACAUGACCGAGGUGGUGUAACAGCAGGUUCUUACUUCAAAAGCUUUAAUGAUAUAGCUAUAAUUAUCCAAAAGAUAAAGUCUAAGGAUUUUCAACCAUUACCAAAAAAAGAUAGCGACGAUGCUGACAAAGGCCACGAUACGUCAUAUGCGACAAUGACGGCGGAUGAACUUGAGGACGAGUGGAGUACCAACACGAACCAUGCCCGGCACAAGAUUUGGGGGUUUCUUCAUCGAUUACAGGGCUUUGAGACACGAUUUGGGCUUAAAACAGCUGCGGUCACGUCCCUACUGUCUGUACCCGCGUGGCUCCCUGAGGCUCAUGGGUGGUGGGAUGGGUACGAGGUAUGGUGGGCUGUCGUGAUGGCAUGGCUUAUGAUGGGGCCUCGAACUGGCGGAAACAUUCAAGAUCUUUUUACGCGAGCGCUUUGUGCUGUUCUUGGCUCGCUCUGGGCCGGCUUAUCGUACGCAGCGGGGAACGGUAACCCUUAUGUUAUCGCGGUCUUUGCUGUUAUCUUCAUGCUCCCUAUGAUAUAUAGGUAUACACAGAGCGCACACCCGAGAUCUGGACUUGUAGGCUGUAUUUCGUUCACAGUCGUAUCCUUGUCAGAGGUUGCUGCACAAGGUGAGCCAUCGCCAGCUACAAUUGCCGCAACACACGGAGCUGCCAUAGUGGUUGGAGUUGUUGCGUCGAUCAUUGUAAACUGGGUGCUUUGGCCAUUUGUUGCUCGCCAUGACCUUCGAAAAGCGGUAGCUUCUAUGCUGUUUUAUUGUAGUAUUGUCUACCGGAGCAUUGUAUCAAGAUAUGUUUACUAUGAAGUGGGAGACGAGCCUACUAAAGAAGAUAUUCGUUCAUCAGAGAUACUUGAAGGGCGCUUGCGAGAAGGAUUUGUAAGACUGAGACAACUCUUAGGUCUUACGCGCCACGAGAUACGCCUUCGAGCUCCCUUCGACCCGUUGCCAUACUCGGCGCUCAUUGAUGCGUGUGAGAGAUUCUUCGAAUAUAUCGUUACUGCCCGACAAGCGUCUUUAUUUUACCAUCCUCAUUUUAUUAGAGACAAUACCGAUUUCGCUGCAGCUCUACUCGGCCAUAGACGAGAUGCGAUCGGAACUAUCUUGACAAAUCUCUAUGUUCUUUCUGGAGCGCUGCGUGCCGAUAGAAAAGUACCUAAAUAUCUUCCAAGUGCUGCGGCAACAAGGAAGCAACUAUUAGACAUGAUGGGAGCACUAGAGGCCGAAUUCGCGACGAGUGGAAAACUAAGUGCUGACGAAAAGUCCGAAGGAAGAAAGUGGGCUCAGAUAUAUAGCUAUUCAUAUAAUGAGAGCUUGACGGGCUGCGUUCAGCAGUUGGAAGAGUUGGAGAAGUACACUAAGGCCAUCGUUGGCGAACAGGGAUUCGACUGUCUCUAUACAGACCAAAACUGGUUGACGAGUUGAAAAUUCUCCUAUGCAAAGGGGUAUGUUUAAUACCUCCUACCAGCAUCAUCCACGACGGUUUUUGACCUUCGAAGCGACUAGGUAUUCGAUAUGUCUUCGAAGGUGGCCUAGAUCAUUUGAAGCCGACAACUCGACGUUGUUGGCUGAUAUGAUGUAGAUUCCCAGGUACUAUUAAAAUUUACGAGAUACGAUCUAACCAAUAAUAACAAAUUGAAUGAAUCCCAGCGACCGACAUAAAAGGUAGCUCCCGUAUGAUAUGCUGUCCACGUUGUAGAAUGAUUGGCCAAUUCCAUCUCCGAGAUCUUCUCCACCC